GCAAGAACAGUUGCGCAAGUAAGAUCGCGGUGUAUUUGAAAUUUAUUUGAGCACGUGAGAGGUUUGGAGUGUUGAAUUUCCUGAUCAGUGGGCAAGGUAAGGAUGUAGACUUUGUUUUAUAACUAAUAUGAUCAUUCUGUAAGAGGCAAUUUUUCAAAUUGCUUUUAUAAUAUAAUGGUCCGUUUACACCGCGGGCGUUGGCUGGGAUUUUAACUCGUUGUUGGCCUGCUUAUUUGGGAGAAUGCGAUAAACGUACUUGACCUAACGUUGCUCGAACUUUGCUAAGUCACAAUCCAAUAAACUCAAAUAGGUUAUACGUAGGGUUGGAGCUAGCGAAUGCCAAGUUUGCAGGCUAUGUUGGGGGAGAUUGCUUUCACUGCCAAAAUAUCAAUCCCCAACCAAAUUGCACUAGAAAUUUCAGGACUGACCUUUCCACCAAUUCGGACUAUCUAAUCCUAUAUACCAGAAAUUGUACAUUUUUUCCUUUUCAACAAAUAUUGCCGCGACAUGUUUAUCAGUUCAGAAACGAACACGUCAAUCAGGAAUCUUCUUAAUGCUUAUGAGAAGGUAACGUCUCAAGCACUGGCAACUGCUUAAAAAUCACACAAAAAAGGAGAGUCGAAGAGCAGAGGUUAAAGACAAGUGGUACUAAAAAAGUGAAUUCCAAAAUUUGACUGUCAAAAUUCCAAAGACAUGCAAGCAAUUAUAUACUGGACCGGUUCCUAAAUAUCGUCGGAAAAAAAAUGUGGUGAAGGGGUUCUACUCGUUCAAAAGCGUGGGAAAACCUGAUGCGUUGAACGUUCUAAGUAAAAAUUACCUCCUCAGUUGUACGAUAAAGUCAUAACAACAACGAAUAAAUCUAAGCCAGGUGUAUUUUAUAAUGAGUUAGCCGACAUUUUAUAUUAAUUUAUUGCAAUUGCUUUUAUUGUCCUUACAAUGUACCGUGUUAUUAAUUAAACUGCAUUAUGAUUAUACGCGAGGUUCACACGUACUCGAAAUGAACUUGACAUCUCUUGCCCAAUUAAAAAUCAAUUAAACUGGCAAUAUUUAUUCAUCUUCUUAACAUAAUAUUGUUACAUACACGCCUUCGGGGAAAUUUCAAAACUUGCAUCUGAUUGGUUCGGCAUCGUGUAAUAUUAUCGAAUACAUAUGCGAGCAUUAAAACUUAACAUGUUACGUUGGCGUGGAAUAUCGAAAAUUGCCGAAAAGCGGCAUGUACUGUACAAAAAUUACACUUUUUCAUAAAAAAACACUGGAUCACUCAGCGACAACGCCUUGACCUUUCAUCCAUUGUAAUUAUUUACUAAUAGUGGGUAGCUCGAUCUAUCAGUUCUACUGUUCUCCCUAGAGGUCCAGUAAGAGCCAUCCCUUACUGUUCCAAUGUUGCUACAGGAGGAAACCUAAACUAAACAAACUUUAUUUAUACUGGAUACUGUAGUUCUAUCAGUUCUAAACUGUCCUUCCUAGAGCUCCAGUAUUAAAAGAUCAUCUCUUAUUGCCAUAUUAAUCCAGUGUUACUACACGAGGAAACCUAAACUAAACUAAGUUUAUAAUACUUUGUGUUUGUGGAAACACCAUGUGAAUUUAGCUUACGGAUCGAAAGCUUUGCAAUUUACGUGGUGUUUCCACAAACAAAAAGUAUUAUAUGUUUUAUCACCAUGCAAUCCUCCAAAGAACUAACUUUAUUUAUAUGGGAUAGCUCAAUCAGUUCUAAACUGUUCUUCCUAUGCAGAUUAUAGAGGCACAGGAAGGAUUAUCUCUUCACUGUUUGAUCAAAUGUUCAACAGGAAGAAUCUAAACUAAAGCCUGGCGCACACGAUGCGAUUUUAGUCGGCCGAUAAAAAUCGUUUGCAAUACCGAUAUACAUCGGUAUACUCCGCACACGAUUACGAAAAAAAUAUGCUCCCUGAACUGUAUAGCCGCCAUGUUGCCAAAUAAAUACAAGCACGUGAUCACAGCAUGAAAUCUGAUUGGUCAUACUUAAAAUUCCAUGCACCGAUAAAAAUCGUAUAAUAUCAAAACGUUUUGACGUUGUCCGAUUAAAAUCGAGCAACAAAUAUCGGUUAAAAAUGACACCACACACACAACGAUUUUGUUAGUUUUAGUCAAACGAUUUUUAUCGGCCGACUAAAAUCGCAUCGUGUGCGCCAGGCUUUAAUCAUCAGUUCUAAACGGUUCUUCUUGGAGGUCCAGUAAGGUCCAUAUAAACGGUCCACCCUCAUUAAAUACAACAUUAAACGUUCAGUGAUGGCAAACUUGAAACACUUUUCUCAAAUGCGGUGGUAUUAUAUAAGGACUAAGGUGGUAUUAUAUAAUAUGAUAUAAGAAGAUUGCGUACUGCAUGAAUCGUAGGCCGGUAGGGUAAGAAAACACCACUCAACAGAACUGCGUGAAUUCAUUAAAAACAAUUCGCGAAAAACAACAACAAAGGUUUCACUGGUAUAUAUGCACACACGAAGAACAAUGAACGAAAAGGAGGUCGCACCGACUAGCACGCCAGCAACUUUUGUUGAACCAUGUGCACAUGCAGUAGGUCAAGGACAAGGUUAUUAUUAUUCAUUUUACUUUAAUAUCUGCAUGAAUUCUAAAAUCCAAUUGCGGCCCGCUCAAAUCAAUUUGCGGUGAAAAAAUAUUGGAAGAGAUAAUAAGAAUACACUCUUUAUUUCAUGAGGGUACUGUAAGCACGGAAUAGUUGCAAUAACUAUAAUAAACAAGUACAUGGCCUCUAAAAUGCUUGUUGACUCAGAUUAAAGUUGAUGUCCACUCCUGUGCACAUGCGCGAACUUUGUUUACGUUUUGAACUGCUAUAUUUGUAUAAAAUAUGAUAUACUAACUGAAUAUCUAACACUUUUCUGGUUUGCUUUACUUGUAAAUUAAUGAAUAUAAACUGUACGUUUCAAUUCAAAAAAGUUCGAAAGAUGCAAAAUUUGGGCAAUGUUUAUAUCUGGGGGUCCCCUUUGUUAUGAGCAGAACUGAUGCGCAGAACGGAGUGGGCAUCAUCUUUAAAUCUUACUCCAGUGGUGAGGCUAUAGCCAUAUAGCAACAGGUCAUGCUAUGCAAAUUCUUAACUGAUGAUUUGCAUUAUUCGAACCCUAAAGCCCGCCGCACACGAGAGCAACCUGCUGAGCUAACCGCCUCGCGUGACAGCUAGCUCAGCUAUGUAUUUUCACCGCGCACGUUGGGAAAACUACUCAACAACCAUAUAAUUGACAAAAUCAUUUGCAUUUUCCUCCAUUCUGUUCCAAGUCACAUGAAGAAACCAUGGUUUGUCAUUGGCUAAUUGAUUCAAACAGCUCAGCACUUAGCUCACAACGUCCGCUGAUGCUGAGAUUUGUUCCUGGCGAGGCGAAAAAUAUCAAACACGAUACAGUCGAUAGAUAUUUUCAUCAAGGCCUCGAGAGGUCAAAUCCUCACGAAAACUAUCCGCACACGAGAGCAACUUGCUGAGCUAACCGCCUCGCGAGACGGUUAGCUCAGCAAGUUGCUCUUGUGUGCGGCGGGCUUUAGAAACGUAUUGUCUUUAACCUAUUUAAAGAUGCAGGUUUAUUGGCAUAGCAUAGAAGUUGUCAUGGCUAGCUAGUGCUACCAUCUUACUCAAAAUGUUUUAUAUGCAGCUGCAUUAUCGAACAUUGUUGGACCAGGAACAUUGUCCAAGCAUUUUCGAAACGGUUUACUGAACGGACCUCGUUUGAGAAAAUGAUGAGCUACAGUAAUUGCAUUAUACACCAGUGGUAAAGGAAUUAGAUAUUAUAAGUAAUGGGGACUGCCGGAAAUUUGUGGAGGGCACCGUUAUACAACGAGCACAUGCAGUUGGUCAAGGUUAUUAUUAUUUAUUUGACUUUGUUGAUAUCUGCAUGAAUUCUAAAAUCCACUUGAGGUCCGUUCAAAUCAGUCUGUGUGAACAUUUUGUUGAAUGUUGGUUGAUGCUGAAAGACAUUGACUCAUUGACCUUCAUUAUUUUUUUACCCAACCUCAAAUAUUAAUUUAAAAAUAAAUACCCACCCCUGGCCAAAUCACUCAGUUACUACUUCUGUGCCAUGAGUUUGAUAACUGCUUCUGCAAUUUUCUGCCGUCUAAAGUUUCAUGUUGUCUGCGCAUGUUUCUUUCGAGACACCAUUUGCCUGCCUGACAAAUCGGAACAUGAUCAAGAAGUGUCAUAUGUCAACAGCCUAGACCUAGGCCUUCUAUUUUUAUUUAUAUUUUUUUAAUAUUCAGCGCUUUUUCACAUGAAAAGACUGGGACUAUGUGAUUUGGGGGCGGGGCGGACUUGCUUCCUCCGCCCCGCCCCCAAAUCACCUAGUCCCAGUCUUUUCAUGUGAAAAAGCGCUGAAUAUUAAAAAAUAUAAAUAAGACUAGAAGGCCUAGGUCUAGGCUGAUAUGUCAAUACAAAGUUCAAUUUUUAUUAACUGUCAUAUGUCAAUACAAAGUUCAAUAUUCAAAUCAAUCGGAGUCACUCUCUUGAUCAUUUUCCGAUUUCUCAGGAGGCAAAUGGUGUCUCCAAAGAAAGUACAUGUGCAGACAACAUGAACAACUGCAGAAAAUUGCACAAGCUGACGCAGCAGAUCAAAUUCAUGUCACAGAAGUGAUAAUGUGUGACAACUGAAUGUUAUCCUUUUGCAACGUUUUUGGCCAGCUUCAAUUUUUGAAUUGUAGAAUAAUUAGAUGCACUAUCUAGUGUAUAUAAGAUAUCUAUGGUUGGAUCAGGAAAAUUUUUGCCAAGAAGAUUUCUUUUCUUUCCCCCCCCCCCCGACGCAAAUAAUGUCCGGUCCCUUAUAUACAAAACUGGUUACUCAUCAUUCAAGAUUUAGCCUUAAAUUGUUAUUUGCAUCUUUGCCAGUCACUGAUCGCGGUGAUUCAAAAUAUUUCCCCCCCCUCCCCCCCUCCUGACGUAAAUAAUGUCCGGUUCCUUAUAUGGAAAACUGGUUACUCAUCAUUCAAGAUUUUAGUCCUUAAAUUGUUAUGUGCAUCUUAGCCAGUCACUGCUCGCGGUGAUUCAAAAUAUUUCUUUUCUCCUGACGUAAAUAAUGUCCGGUCCCUUAUAUACAGAACUGGUUACUCAACAGAACUGGUACUCAUUCGCAUCUUAGCCGCGGUCACUGCUCGCUGUGAUUCAAAAUAAAAACGCGAGAAAACAAAGCAGACAUGUGGUGAAACUCAGUUGGUGCUCACAGCGAAUCUCAGUGAUCAAUGCGUUAGUUCUCGGGUUAUGCAAUACGGAACGUUCAUGCAAUAUUACAUCACAAAAACCUGUUUUGCAAAAUUGAUAAGGGGUUGAACAAAACAACAUUUCAGCUAAGAUCAGACAAACAGUUCACAGAGAUCUUCAUGCAAAUAACAUUUGAAUCGGUACAACAUUGACCAUAAUUACAGUAAUUUCGAGUGAGUAUAAUAUGCAACGGAUUCUCAUGGGUGGGUUUUACAGAGUGGGAGUACAGCACAUGGAAUUUUUUUCUAAAUACUUACAUGGAAAUAGUAUGGAUCUUCGCUGAGAAUAGCAUGGAAAUCCAAUUUUCGUACAAAUUGCAAUUUCCAUACUAUGGUAUAAUCUUAAUGGACCAUUCUCCAAUUAACCAAAAUUUUGAUCUCAACAAGUCUAGACAAAAUUCCAUCAUAGCAUGAAAUAGCAUCACAAAAUUAGUAAUAUUCCAAAGUUUCGUUGCGAAAUGUUGUAAAAUGCGGAUAAUAUAGCCUUGCGAAAUUUGCAAUUUUCAGUCAUUUUAGAUUACAAACGGGAAAUGCAUGGUUACCACUUUUCCAAAAUUUCGAUCUUAACUAGCCUAAACAAAAAUUUCAUCACAGCUUGAAAGAGCAUCGCAAAAUUAGUAAUAUUCCAAAGUUUCGUUGCAAAAUGUUGUAAAAUGCGGAUAAUAUAGCCUUGCGAAGUUUGUAAUUUUCAGUCAUUUUGUAUUACGCACAGAAGUGGUAACCAUUUCCCGUUUGUAAUCUAAAAUGACUGAAAAUUACAAACUUCGCAAGGCCAUAUUAUUUGCAUUUUACAACAUUUUGCAACGAAACUUUGGAAUAUUACUAAUUUUGUGAUGCUCUUUCAAGCUGUGAUGAAAUUUUUGUCUAGACUUGUUGAGUUCAAAAUUUUGGUUAAUUGGGGAAUGGUCCAUGGAUUUAGUCAAAACAAAGUUCCAUACUGUAGAUAUAUUAUGGAUUUAAUGGUGCAAUUGCAAUCUAGGGAGUCUUUAGAGUCAUCCAAAUUAACUAGUGUAUAUUGAUGAGAUAGCAAAACAGCUGAGCUCUGUAACCAAAUUAUCAUGUAUCACUAUAUCCUUCAACAAGAUAACUUCGAGAUUCAAGAUGGCAAAUAACUAAAUCAGUUUUACGAAAUAGAUAGUACGUCGUUUAUCGAGAAUAAACCAUGCAGACUAUUAUAAAGUAGACCAGGUUGAAGAAAAAUAACUUUGAAAGCUUAGAGUGGAGGAGAGCAGAAUUUAUUACUAAGCAACCAGACAAAAGUAACCGGCGGUGAAGCUCGCGGCACCAGGCGGAGCACCGGCGGCUCCGGAUCGUUUUGAAAACCUUGAAUGGCAACAUUUAUCAAUAUGUUUGAAGUUGUGCACAUGCAUAUAAAAUAAUUCCUGCAUGGAACCCAUCGUGUUUAUAGUUGUUCUAUUUAUGUCCUAACAGUAAAUUUUUUCCAUAGAAAGAAUAGAGCUCUAAGAAAUGGACUUUGGAUUCAAGAUAGCGGUGUUCCUAUUACUUCUUCUAAAUCUAACAAUGUUAAAGGCGAAACCAUAUCAAGAAUCGAGGAAAUUGUAUAAUACAGAUCGAUAUAUAAGAACGGUAGGUUUGUUUGUUUGUUUGUUUGUUUGUUUGUUUGUUUGUUUGUUUGUUUGUUUGUUUGUUUGUUUGUUUGUUUGUUUGUUUGUUUGUUUGUUUGUUUGUUUGUUUGUUUGUUUGUUUGUUUGUUUGUUUGUUUGUUUUGUUUGUUUGUUUGUUUGUUUGUUUGUUUGUUUGUUUGUUUGUUUGUUUGUUUGUUUGUUUGUUUGUUUGUUUGUUUGUUUGUUUGUUUGUUUGUUUGUUUGUUUGUUUGUUUGUUUGUUAAUUGGUUUGGUUUGUGAGAAAGUUUGUUAGUAAUUGGUUUGUGAGAUAGUUUGUUAGUUGGUUUGUUAGAUAGUUGGUUUGCUAGUUAGUAGUUAGUUAGUUUGUUUGUGAGAUAGUUUGUUAGUUGGUUUGUUAGAUAGUUGGUUUGUUAGUUAGUUUGUUUGUGAGAUAGUUUGUUAGUUGGUUUGUUAGUUAGUUAGUAGUUGGUUAUCUAAUUGGCUAAUACGUAUACUAAUUAAUAAGCCGGUUGGUUAGUUAGUUCCAUAUUACUUUGGUUGGUUGGGUAGUGAAAACGUUAUGGGUAAAUAUCCAGAAUUUUGUGGCGUCUCACUUGAAUGAAUAAUAUUUGUUGGUCUUUGAUGAUUGGGUAUUGUGCAUGGAAAUCGUGGAUUGAAAAUUUAUACAUUUAUUAGACCUAAGCGAAAAUGCAACUUUUAGGUCCCUGCAUGGCUUCUGUGCUCUAACCAACUGAGCUACAGAGGCCAGUUGUCAAGCUCUAACCACCAAGUCUUGUAUAUACACUAGAGUACUGCCAUGUAUAGGUUAUGGGUAAAUAUCAAGAUUUUUGUGGCAUCUCACCCCGAAUGAAUAAUAUUUGAUGGUGUAGAUGGAAAUUGGCUGCAUUCCGGAAUCGCAGGUUCAAUUCCUGCCAGGGACCUAAAAGUUGCAUUUUUCGCUUCUGUUUCUGGUUAGGUCUGAUAAAUGUAUAAAUUUCCAAUCAACAAUGGACCAUUCCCCAAUUGACCAAAGUUUUGAUCUCAACAAGUCUAGACAAAAUCCAUCAUAGCAUGAAAGAGCAUCACAAAAUUAGUAAUAUUCCAAAGUUUCGUUGCAAAAUGUUAUAAAAUGCGGAUAAUAUAGCCUUGCGAAGUUUGUAAUUUUCAAUAAUUUUGUAUUACGCACAGAAGUGGUAAUCAUUUAAUUCCCGUUUGUAAUCUAAAAUGACUGAAAAUUGCAAACUUCGCAAGGCUAUAUUAUCCGCAUUUUACAACAUUUUGCCACGAAACUUUGGAAUGUUACUAAUUUUGUGAUGCUCUUUCAAGCUGUGAUGAAAUUUUUGUCUAGACUUGUUGAGUUCAAAAUUUUGGUUAAUUGGGGAAUGGUCCAUUUCCAUCUACAAUACCCAUCAAAUAGUGCAAAGUUAGCUCUUCUUUCUUAAGACAUAUUUUGAACUGCUCAGUAUUUACCGUCAAAAUAAAUCCCCCCUAUCUGUCUUUUACAGACAUGUCCUACAAAGCUGUUAAGCAAAUGCUCAUCACAUACAGAUUGCGAUAAGUGCAAUGAAGGUCUAAGAUGCAUAGGGAAAAUUUGUCAUAAAGAUCGUGGAGGUAGUCCUCUCUACAGACGGCGAAAAUUAUGGAAUUUUACAGCUUGAUCUGAACAGAGUGAUAAAUUAUUGCUGGACUCGGACACGUCUCAAAGAAAAAAUUAUUUAUUGAAUGAGUUUAUUUAGCUGGAAUUAAAUACGCACCAACAAGUAUAUUUUAUUGUACUGUAGUGUUUGAAUUAUGUCGCGCAUUGUAAAUAAUGCGCAUUAAUAUAAAAAGAGAAUAUCAAUGUUGUCAUGUAGUGUUUUAGUUGAAUGUGUCCCUACCUUCGCCUUUGUGUCUAGCAGAAUAGCACCUGCACCGUAAACAAUCUGCUUCACUACAUAUCUUCUGCUUUUCGAAUAGCGCAACUGCUACUGUUAGCACGUGUCAAUUUUCUGAGCUCACGAGAAAAUACUCAGAAUGCUUUAGUUUAAUAGAUAGCUUAAGAUCUACGACGUCGACGUCAGCUAGGAUGUCAGGGCUAAGCAGAGGACUGGGACCAGGACGUCGUCCUAAAUAAAUAGUAUAGCUUCGACGUCAAAUAUUUAGGGCGGCAAGCGAAAGUAAAUUGGUAAUAGUUUU